AUGCGCAUCAAGGUUUGCGCGGCGCCCCAUACGAGCUGUGGUAAUUCAAUUCUCACUCAGUCGAUAACGUUAUUAUUUUCAGCGGCCAUAGAAGUGAUGUCGAAACGCGGUCGCACACUGUUGAUGUACAAGAACUACACGUACUCCAAAUACCCGUACCCGCUGAAACACGGCUGGCGCUGGUACUGCUCCAAAGUGAAGACCUGCAGGGCCUACCUAAUAACCACCGAGAGGAACGUGAUCAUCGCGUCCGCCGGUCAGCACAUGCACGAGCCGAGCGUGCUCAACGCCAAUUUCCUGUGGAACAAA